AGCAGUGGCUCAAAGCUUUCGCUCCAGCUCAAACCCAAAACAGAGGAGAUGUUUCUCCUGUAAUUUCACAAAUAAACGUCAGUAACUGUGGACAUUCAAGGACUGUAUCGCCCAGAUUUAAAGAGCAUCUUUUGGUGUCUGUCACUCGAGUGAGAAGGCAAAAAACAUCGCUGCUACAAAGAUGGAGCAGGAGUCAAGUGGCACUGGGCCAGAGGCUGUGGCUGCAUCCCCAGCAGGUGCAAAUAAGUCAAAGUUGGAUACAUUGUCCAAAGAUGACUUGAUAAAGUUUGCCAAGAAGCAGAUGGCUGCAAUGCAAAAAAUAAAGAGCAAAUGUGCAGAUUUAGAGAAAGAAAUUGAGACCCUAAAACACCAACCAGAUCCCAGUAAGGGCAGCUCUGAAGAUGCCAUAUUAAUACAGGAGCUGACUGAGCGAAUGGAUGCAUUACUAUUAGAGAAGGCAGAAACCCAGCAAAACUUUACAAAAUGUCGCAAGGAUUUAGAGAGGACCAAAGAGCAAAGCAAAGAUGACUUGGCAGCACUUCAAGGAGAGCUGGAUCGUGUUAUAGAGGACCAUCAAAAGAGGAUUAAGAUUCUUGAAACCAGCAUUGAAGAGUCAAAUAACAAACACAAAGAAGAAGUGGCUUAUUUCCAGAAACUACUCAAAGAACGUGAAGAGAUUGACAGAGAGAGGGAAAGUGAACGUGAGAAGCAUCGUAAAGCACAGGAGAGCUCUGAUGAAACCCGGCAUUGUUUGGAGGCUGAAUUAGAAAGUAUUCAGGCAGAACUUGAAGCUGUGCAAAAACAGAAGUCUAGGGAAAUGAAUGAGUUCCAAGAGAGUCAACAGACUGAGCUAACGAAGGCCCAGCAGGAGGUGGAGAACCUGAGGGAGGAACUGAGCCAGAGGAGCCUUCAACACGAGGAGGAGAUCAGGGCUUUGGAGGAGGACUUUGAGAUCGAACGGGACCGACUGCUGCUGCUGCACGAAGAACUCACAGAGCAACUCGCACUCAAAGAUAGCUAUUUGCAGGAUGUCCAAGAGGAAGAUGAGGAACCUGCUCGUGGUUCUGGCAUUGCUAAAAUGUUGGAGCUGUCCCGUCGCAUUCAGAACUCAUCUGCACACGCAGAAGGUGAAGAGGAGAUGGAAAUGGGAAAACUGAGGGAAGUUUUGGAAGACCUUCAAGCCCAGAACACAAUGUUACAGGAUGAACUGACUCUUCUCACAAAUCUUAAAGGAGAACUGGAGGCAGAGCUGGAAAGAGCCAGGGAGGAGUUUCAGACAGAGAGAGAGGAGCUGGAGUUUAAAAUCAAUGAGUUACAAAUGAACAAAGACGGUCUUACUGGAGAAAUAACCCCAACUUUAGAUGUAUGCAGCCAACAACCAAGUGAAAAUGAUGAGAAACCUAUUGAAGAAUCCAAGGUGGUGAUUGCAAAUGAAGAAAACCAAAACUUAUCAAAACUGGAGGAGCAGCAAAAGAUAAACCAAGAUUUGAAGGCCCAAUGUGAAGCGUUGACCAAAGAAAGAGACUCUAUUAUGGCGGAAUACAACCACACAAGAGGAGUUUUGCAAAGUUUUGAGACAACGCUAGGUGAGAAGACUGAAAAUUUAGUUUCUCAAUACAGUGCCAUGAAGGAACAAGGGGCCAUUGCUAUAAAAGAGCUGCAAGAUAAGAUUCAACAGCUGACUGAAGAGAGGGAUGAUGUCAUUGCAAAAGUUAAAGAAGUUACAGAAGAGAAAAAUGCCAUCUUGGAGAACCUACAAGAGCUGAAACUAAAAGUUGAAGCAUUCUCAAAUGAGGAAAAGAAAUUACAAGCAGCUAUUGAGGAGCAAACAGCUUUAGCAUCAGAGCUUACACAUUCCCUGGAAGAGGUAACUAGACAGAAAGAUGACACCGUUUCUCAGUUAAAUGAACAAGAAAAUAUGAUUGAAGACCUCAAAAUAAAAGUCGAGAAACUGAAGGAGGAACGUGAUGAAAUGCAGUCUCAACUUCAGAUUCAAGAGGAGGAAAUGCAAAAAUUUCAGAGUGAGAAAGCUAAAGAAAUUGAGACACUGCUCCAGGAGAAAGAGUUAAGUGCAUUAAAACUGGAGAAAGAAGCUGGGUUAAAGAGUGAAAAGCUAGAAAGUGACCUUAAGGAGGAGUUUUGUAAAUUGCAGCAGACUAUUGAACUGCUUGAGUCCAAAAACAGUGAUCUUGAUCAAAAACUUGAGGAGGCAUCAUCACAGCUCGUCCAAAUGGAGGAGAAGAAGAAACAAUCUGGAUCCACAAUGGCGGCACUAGAAUCUGAAUUGGAAAAGGAGACAGUGGAAAGACGUGAAUGUGAGGCUAAGCUAAUUACGCUAACUGAAGAAGCCACAAAAGCAAGAGAAACUAUUACAACAUUGGAACAAAAUCAGUCAGAAUUGAUGACAAAUUAUACAGGGGAAAUACAGGAGUUGAGGAUGCAUAUUCAAGAGCUUGAGAUGGAGAGAGACAAGCUAAAAUCUAGUCUUGAAGAAGAUAACGAAGAGGUCAGACUAUCUGUGCUAAAUGAGCUACAGACUCACAUUAGUGAAUUAGAAAGGGAGAAAACCGUGCUGCAAAGUAAUCGUGAGGAAGUGAUGAAGGAUGUAGAGGCUUUGCAGAAAGACCUGGAGGACAUGAAAGCUAUAAAUGAGAAGAUGAAUGAAGAAAAUCAAAUGCUACAAGCUAAAGUUUCACUGCUAACUGAAGAAAAAGAGGGAGAUCAAACAGAAGGACAGAUGGAGGUAGAAUACCGAGCCCAGCUGACAGAGAAGGACACAAUCAUAUCUCAACUGAGGGAAGAAAUCACAGCUCUGCAGUCUGCAACCCCCUCGACCGCCUCUGAAAAUGCUGACAGCAGCUUUACAGAGAAAAUAGCCCUGCUGGAAAAAGAGCACAAAGAAAAGGAUGAGAAGAUGAACAAAAUCAAGGCUGUGGCUGUUAAAGCAAAGAAGGAGCUGGACAUUAGCAAGAAAGAGGUUGUGGCCCUUAAAGGAGAAAUAGAGAGUUUGAAAGUCGAGCGUGAGAAAGUCAACAGCUCAAUGAAAGAUAUAAUUCACGGUGCUGAAGGCUACAAGAAUCUGCAGAUCGAUUACGACAGGCAAACGGAGCAGUUGGAUAAAGAGAGAGAGAGAACAGAGGCGGCCGAGAGACAGAUCACUGAGCUGACCAGGCGACUCAGCACUGCCGUAGCACAGACCGAAACCCUGACGAGUGAGAAAGAGGACCUACUGGCUGCUAUGGAGACCUUAAGAAACACAGUGAAGCAGCUGGAAGCUCAUAACCAGGAUCUUCAGAAACAAAUGUCCAGCCUUGAGAGAGAUGUGGUGGCGGAGAGGACUCUAAAGGAACACAAAAUUAAGGAGUUGUCAUCAGCCACAAAGGAGGUGGAGGAUCUGGCUGCUCAGCUCCGCAGACAGCAGCAGCAGUCUCAGCAGACUGCCCAAGAACUGGAGCUACUGCGGAAGGAGGCACAGCAAAGCUCUCUUCUGGACAUGGAGAUGGCUGAUUAUGAACGACUCGUCAAAGACCUCAAUGGAAAGUUGACUGAGGGAGAGGAAAGAGUGUCUGAGUUAAAGUCUCAAAUAAACACUCUGAUCCAGAACGAGGGGGCACUCAAACAGGAAAUUGAGUCCCUGAAGUCCCAGUUGGAUCAGGGGGAGGAGAAGACCACCAAGAUGAAACAGCUGCUGGUUAAAACUAAGAAGGACUUAGCUGAUGCCAAGAAACAGGAGUCUGCUUUAAUGAUGGCUCAAGCGUCACUGCGAGGAGAGCUAGAGGCAAACCAGCAGCAACUAGAAAAUUCAAAGAUUGACGUGUGUGACCUGACAGCCGAGCGCCAUCGAUUACAGGAGCAGCUGAGGUCUGCACUGGAGCAGCACCAAAGAACCAACUCCUCCCUGCAACAGCGAGUCAGCAGCCUCCAGACAGAGAGAGACAACGCAAAGUCUGAACUUGUGGCCACUGCAAGUGAGUUUGAAAGUUACAAAGUGCGAGUCCAUAAUGUCCUCAAACAACAGAAGAGCAAAACUACCUCCCAGAGUGAUGGAGAUUCAAGCAAAAGUGAAAGGGACCAGUUGUCCUCCCAGGUGGAGCUGCUUCGUUCCAAGCUGAGUGAGAGUCAGCAGAGUCUUCAGAGCGUCACGUCUGAGCUGCAGCAGCUUCAGAGCGAACACGACACACUGCUGGAGAGGCACAACAAAAUCCUCCAGGAAACCAUCAGCAAAGAGGCAGAGCUCCGUGAGAGGCUUCUCUCACUGCAGUCUGAAAAUGUGAGUCUUCGGUCGGAGGCGUCGCAGGUGCAGGAGGACCUGUCAUCUCAGAUCGAGGCUCAGCGUCAGACAUACAGGGAGCAGCUCAGGAAGCUCCAGGACGAGCACAGAGCCACAGUGGAGACUCUACAGGGACAGCUGAGCCGAGUGGAAGAGCAGCUCUUCAACCUGCAGAGCCAGACCAGUGCAGUGUUGGUGCAGUCCAGUCGUAAAUCUGUAUUAGAUUCUCAGCGUAAAAACCCAGACUUCAGCCAGUCUGGACUGGGCUUCAUGGCCCUGGGUGACCUCCAGUCGAUGGCCCGAGAGGAGGGGGAGGGCAUGGAGACGACAGAGACUGAGAGCCCGUCUCCUGCCUCCACGCCCCUACCAUCUCUGGAGCAGCUCCUCUCAUCUCCCGACCCCAAACAGGAGACUUUUGUUUGGACUGUGGAACCAACCAAAGAAGAGUUGACUCAGAAGCUAAGCACAGCCACCCGCAGCUUGGAGCACAUAAACAGCCUUCUACAUGAGACUGAGGCCACUAAUGCUGUUCUCAUGGAGCAGAUCACAUUGUUGAAGAGUGAGAUCCGUCGUCUGGAGCGGAACCAGGAGCGGGAGAAGAGUGUUGCCAAUCUGGAGUAUCUAAAGAACGUGCUGCUGCAGUUCAUCUUUCUCCGAUCAGGAAGUGAGAGACAGGCCUUGCUGCCCGUGAUCCACACUAUGCUGCAGCUGAGCCCAGAGGAGAAGAGCAAACUGGCUGCUAUUGCACAAGGUGAAGAGGAGAGCUCUGCAUCAAGAGGUUCUGGUUGGUCAUCAUAUCUCCACAGCUGGUCUGGGAUCAGAUGAGUUCUGCAACACAAACCAAACACUGGAAGCACAAAUGUUUAAAGCAUUUUCUGUGAAAUUUAUAAAAGGGAGUCCCUUUUAUUUUUCCAAUUUACAUGGGACCAAUGAAUGUAACUGUGAUAAAUGAAGGAUGUCUGUUGUUGGCUUAUAAGAUCUACAAUAUAAUAUCUAAUACAUGUGUAUAGAAUAAAUAUUCAUUAAUGCUCUUAUUCAAAAUGUGAAGAUUGGUGAUUGAAAAGUACCAUGUGGCGUUACUAGUUAGAAGGGAACAUUACAUUAAGGUUUUAUAUUUAUGAAUUAUGAUAUAAAUCCAACAAUAUCCACUUAUCUCAAACAUUUUUUUUUUAUUAGAAACAUAAUUAAUGUCUAAAACACCAUUUACAUUCAGGAUACCUAAACCAUUAUAUCUGAAUUCCAACUACUUUUUGAAGUAAGUACCAUAUAACAGACUCUUUCAUAAUUUUGUUAUUGUAUUUUUUUGGUGUUUAAUCCAGUUUUUUGUAGUGUUUUAAAUUAAUCUCUGUUUUUACUUUAAUACUGAUUGGUUUGUUGUUGAUUUGAGAGUAUUCCUUAAUUUCUUCCAAUGAUCUAAUUGCAGGUUUAUUGAGGAUAGAGUUUGAAACAUAAUUUUGCUCUAAAGCUCUCUUGAUUCCUGAUUCCAGCUUUUGGGCAGCUUUUCUCAGUCAUUCUCAUACUGUGAAUGUAAUCUUAAUGUUUAUUUAUGAUGCUUAUUUUUACUGUAAUUCAAUCAUAUCUGUAAAAAUAAUAAAUUGAACUGGUGUUAA